UCGGUAAACGUAAACAAACCAACGAGUCACAAGAGGAGGAGGAGGAUCAUCAGCUGGGAGCGGUGUAUGGCGAAUCAAUUUUAUGAAUUUCUGAGCAUCUACUGGACCUCGCUGGUUAGGAAUUGUCACAAGUAGAGAUGGGGCUAUUGACGGACCCUGGCAUGGACCGCUCCCCACUGCCGGCCCUGCUGGAGAGACACCACCGGCCGCUGUGUGUGUGUCUGUACAUCUGUGGCUGUCUGUGGUUCCUGUCACUGGCCCAUAAUGCCCUGAACCAUGGUACUUAUUUCUCGGAGAACGCACUGUUGCCUGGCUUGGUUCAGGGUGACUUUCAGGGUGACUCGGAGGCACAACACUACUUACAGAGUCUACAGGAGGAAGCAGAGAGUCACCCAUCAUCUGUGCCUCACUCAUGGCUGGUGGGACAGUUCACCCAGCUGGGCCUGGAUACCUUCACCCACUCCUUCACCCUGCGGUACCCUAUGGGCCGAGGCAAGAACUUCACGGGCCGUAAUGUGUAUGCCAUCCUGAGGGCCUCUCGGGGUAGUGGCACUGAGGCGCUGGUGGUGACGGCACCGUACAGACCCCCUGCAGCACUGCUCCCCGGCACUGCACCUUCGAUUGCCCUCAUGCUGGCUAUGGCAAAGUUUUUCUCGAAGCAAGUCUACUGGGCCAAAGACAUAAUAUUCCUCAUCACCGAACAUGAACAGUUGGGAGCACAGGCAUGGCUGGAAGCUUACCACAACCCUCAGCCCCUCUCUUCUUCCCCAUCCUACUCAGCCUCCCCCAGCCUACCUCUGCUGCUUUCAGGGGACUUGGAGGGACGUGCAGGGGCUAUUCAAGCAGGCAUCAAUCUUGAGGUGCACAGUGCAGAAGUAACCCACCUUGAUGUCAAGCUGGAAGGUCUCAAUGGACAGCUGCCCAACCUGGACCUGGUCAACCUCAUCCACCGCCUGUGCCAGCGUGAGAAUGUGCCCCACACCUUCAAGAAUAGGGCUGACCAUCCACGACCUGAGAGCAUGGAGGGUUGGCAGCACCAGCUUACUACCUUGUUGUCCAUGGUGACCUCACAAGCAUCUGGUGUGCCCACUGGAAACCACGGCCUCUUCCACAGGUACGGUGUGGCAGCAGUGACUAUCUCUGGGUCAGGUCGUGAGGCUGGUGGGGGUGUGGGAGUGCCAAUUCGUGCCAGGUCAAUAAGCCUGCAACAGGUUGGCCGAGUGCUGGAGGGAGUCUGCAGGUCACUUAACAACCUGCUCGAGAAGUUUCACCAGUCCUUCUUCUUCUACCUGCUGCCUGCUACUAAUAGAUACAUCUCCAUUGGAGUGUAUAUGCCUCCCUUCGGCCUCAUUGCGGGUGGGGUGCUGGUGAAGGCUCUGGCGCUGUGGUACAAGACUAGCUGUGUUGAGGAGUCAAGCAAGGGCCGUCACAGCCUGCUGGAGUGGGCACCGUUAGUAGUUGGUAUACAUGCGACCUGCUUUCUCCUCAUGACCUGCCCUCCUACUUUGACCCGACUUGGCCUGGCCUUCGACCUGACCCCAGAAGACAGUGUGGGUCUGGGCCUGACUGCCUGCUGUGUGGCCCUCCUGCUGAUGGCUGGUGGGGUUGCUAGGUCAAUGAGAGAGACUGGCAUCUGGGAAGUCCUCAAGAUAUGUGUUCUACUUGAGUUGGGAGUGUUGCUGUUUGCUGGUGCUGUCUAUAACUUCUCCCUAGCUCUACUGGUGGCAGUUAUAUACACUCCAACUGCACUGCUGGCCUCUCCUUCUACUACCAGAAUGUCCCGUUUACUGAAGUCGCUGCUGCUUUUACUAGUGCAUCCUUUGUCGUUGCUGUUUGGCGCCGUCCUGUUCGACACAAACGCACACUUCCCCGAGGCAGGCCUGCUCCGUUUGCUGUGGCGAACAGUGACUGGAUCCAAACGGGCAUUGAUGUAUAGUGUUGUGGACUCCUUGGUGUAUUCUAACUGGGUGUUUGACGUGGGUGCUUUGUGUCUGUUGCCUCUCUGGUGUUUGCUGUGGCUCAUUGUGCAUCUGCGUGUGGAUGUUUGUGUGUCGCAGCAAGCAGGGGAGCAAACGUCACAGUCACAGCAGGGGCAGGGCACAGUUAGAGAGUGUAAGAGUAAGAGUGAGUGAUUUUUUGUAUGUGCGUUUUGUUGUGUUUGUUUUGUAUUUAUGUGUGUUUUUUAAGGUGGGUGAAUUUUUUUAUACUUUUUGUGCUUUUAUUAUUUUGUGUUUAUUUACUUAUUUAUUUAUUUUUUUUCAUAAUUUUUUUAUUUUAUUUAUUUAUCAUUUUUUUUUUAGGAGAGAGAGGUUGCUCUGUAUUUGUGUGUGUGUGUGUGUGUGUGUUUGUGGUACAAGAAAGUAUUAGUCACAAAUGUAAGAUUCCUAGUGUGACACACACACACACACACACACACACAAGAGAGAUAU